CCAGAAGAGCUGAUUCAACACACACUCACGUUUAUAUUCCUCAAGCCAAUACUAUUGUGGAUAAUCUUACAACUAGGAAUGAAUAUCGUUGUUUUAUUUAUUUAGUAAGCAGUAUUCAGCUCUUUUCAGAGUUCAGUGUUUAUGUGGUGAAAUGAUGGAUGAAAAGAAAAUUCGUGAUGUUGUGUCUUGGUGAUGAAAUGUUCGGUUGGCGACUGGUUAAAUAUGUUGAGUUAUAGUGGGAUGGUGUGCUCUAUCUCUCUCUAUCCUGUGUGCGUAUGUGUGACAUUUAAUAAUAACUUGGGGUCGCACUGGAAUACAGUAUGCUUGGAAACCUUGUUCGAGAGAGCGACUACGAGAUUUGCUGGCAAGUGUGUUGGCCAAACUAGCUUGGUGUGAGGAGGGAUGGUGACAGGUGGUGUUCGCUGCCAUAACAACAACAGCUGAUGUACAGUGUUUAAAUUUGUUCCAGCUUGCAGCACUAAGACUCUUUCUUGAAGCUUAUGAUGGAUAGACUUCUUGGUUAACAACCUCUCUAUGGUUGCAGAGCAUCAAUGAGAUGAGAAUUUUACAAAAAUAUCUCAAGGGAGGCAUCUCCAGCCACCGCUACAAGCAGUACAUCAUAUGUUCUUUGCUGGCAUUGUUUAUGGUUGGUGGAGUAUGUGGGGAAUACUUCACCAAUUGUUCCUCCUUGCAACCUGGCCAAUAUCUGUGUACUGAAGUGAACAUAGACCCCAGGACACAACAACCUCGAGGAUGCACAAAAGAGGGUUGGGCUAAAGUUCUGUGUACCUCAGCCCCCGGGAUCAUUUGCACAGAAACAAACAAUGGGACUUUUGAACGUGAAAUUCCUUGCAAGUAUACAAAUGGUUAUUCUUAUGAAACGGCGUUGCUCCUGUCCGUAUUUCUUGGGAUGUUUGGAGUAGAUCGUAUAUACCUUGGCUACUACGCUGUUGGUUUGGCCAAAUUCUGUACCCUGGGAUUCCUCUUCCUAGGACAACUUAUCGACAUAAUUCUCAUUGCCACACAGACAGUUGGGCCCGCUGAUGGCUCACACUAUGUCAUAAGUUACUACGGAGCUGGUAUUGAGGUUAUUCGUAUGGAUAACAUGACAUACAGAAUGCCUCAGGAAGACUGGGGAGUGGUCGGUCGAGGAAUAAAAGAACUGUGAAGUUCAUUGCAAGAUAAAAUAAAAGUUUUGUUAUUUUUAAA